CUAUGCAGUCCUUACAUUCAGAUGGAUCAACGAGAGAUAGGUCGCUUUCUCCUGGCUAACUCAUGCAUUAUCUGUCCAUUAUAGAGGCACUGAAGACGAAAAAGUUACGCCUCUUUGUGCCUUUCACUUGGUGUCAAUUCUUAUCUAACACUCCUUCAACACUCUGUGCAGGGAGCGUCUCCUAAAGUUACAGACCACGACAAGGAGCACACUUAAUCACUCAGCGGCUCCGGCUCUCCGUCGACAUCAUGGUGGGUCUGACGGGCCUUCCGGGGGAGAUCCUACUCCAUAUCCUCUCCUUCCUCGAACCCCCAGAACUCACCGCCCUCCAGCUCGUCUCCCGCGGCUUUCACAACCUUGCGCGGGACAACGGCUUCUGGCGAUUGCGCUGCCUGCUCGAGUCGUCCUUCCUCGAAACCCUCGACCGCCGCCGGCGACUCUUCAGGCUCGCCGACCAGGACACCCGGCAAUUACAAGCGAACCGGGUCCAUCAUAGUAGCAAUGGCGCUGCCGCACACUUAGGCGCCCACAACAGUCACGCCGCCGUAGUCAACUUCGGCGGCGGCACCAGCAGCGAGACCAACGACUAUAUCGACGAUCGGCCGAGAUUUACCACCACCACCACCACAGCCACCGUAGCCUCCUCCUCUGUCUACAGUUCCGCCGAGACACGAGAGCGCGAGCGCGUCCGCAUUAUGGCCAACUGGGACCCGUGCUUUCCCGCAGAGCGUGUGUCGUGGUACGACGAGUACAUACAGCGGCACGGCCCCGUCGUGAUCAACUGGAUGCAGCACGCCUACGACAGCAAUAACAAGGCGGAGGGGCAGGCCCCUUCCUUGGCCGCGGGCCCUUUUAUCGAGGCGCGCGGCGUCGCGCUGUAUUACCCCGACGGGGACGACCCCGCGGCGGAGACGGCGGUGCUGGCGGUGGCGCCGCUGGAUGAUGGGAGCGUGUGUUUAUGGGAUGUUGCGGGAACGAAAGGGAAGAGGGGGGCCAUUGUUGCGAGGAGCAGGCCGGGCAUUCUGUUCAUUGAUGGGCCUGGGGCUGAUAAUCGCAGACGGUCCAAGAUGAUUGAUUCUGGUGUGACGGAAUGUGUGAGCGUGGAUAGUCGACUGCAUAGGGCCUUUUUCGCUGUGCAGAGCCAUCUCAUUGAGGUUGACCUACAACGCUUGUCGGUUGUCGACUGCGAAUCAUUCCCUUGGUCUAUCAGUGCCCUGUCGGCCGCGAGUUCGACGGUGCCACUCACUGUCGGGACAAGCCUUGGCAUACACUUACACGACUACCGCUCGCGCAAGGCGGUGCGGAAUGACCAAGGCGAGUCGAUAGAUGGCUUCGAUAGGAUGGGCGCAAGCGAGUUCUACGAGCGCAGCAUUCGACAUAUCUUCGACGAUGAGCCGCUACCCCCUUAUGCCCCGCUGUCUCAGCCCGGCCCCCUGAACAUACUCCACCUCCAGCAGCCUGGCCAGGAAGCAGGCCUAUCCGACGACAUCUACGUGGCAGGUCGCUUCUCCAACAUCCUGCACUACGACCGUCGCAAGUUUCCCUCCAUCAAGGGCUCUAUCCACUCAGGCGCAAGGCUCUGCAGCAUGACAUCCCUCCCCUACCCCUUCUCGACGCUCGGCAGCGAGCUGCGGCGCAUGGGCGAGCUGUCCCUGGAGCAGGCGGAAGCCUACAAGGCCGACACCGGCGGCAGGACCCUGAUUGCCUGCGGCGAGUACAACACCAAGGGUUCUCUAGAGCUGUACGGGCUGACGCCCAGCGCAUCGGCACGCACGGCCCGACCAGGCGGGCUGCAGGAUUCUACGCUGAAGAACCGGCAGACGUCUUCGCACUCCAAGCUGCUCUCGGUGGUCAAUCACGGGUCGCGCAUCGCCUUCUCGGACGGGUCCGGCUACAUCAAGUGGUUCGAGCGCGACGGCUUCACCGAGGUGCGCCGCUGCCGGAUCGGCCACAGCGAGCGGAGCCAGGCCUUCUCCAUCUUCGCGUCGAUGCCCGGGUCCGACGACAUCGGGCGGAAGCUGCUCCCGACGCGGCCGCAGGCUGCUGCUGCUGCUGCUGCUGCCGACGAGGGUGGUGGUGGGAGAGUCAACAGCAACGACCUGCUCUUUUGGACGGGCGAGAAGCUGGGGCUGGUGACGUUUUCUGCGCGCCCGGGCUUCGCGGCCGAGGAUUUUGAGGCACCAGUAGAGGCGGCCGAGGCUGAGGCGCUGGCCGCUCACAGCGAGUAUGGCGACAGGAUGCGGCGCGCGCUCGAGUUGCAGGCGGACGAUGUGAGGUUUGUCAGGAACCUGGGUCUUGGCAGCGGAGUGAGGCCCGGAUUGAUGUGAUGGUUCCGGGGAAGCGCUGAUGCUGAGAGAUCAACAUUGGCUACCUUUAGUGGGAUCACGUUAAACCUUGACGCUGCAGUUAUGCGUUUUUUUGGAAACACUUCAAAUGAAGGCACGUGUUCAAGGCCGGUUGCUUCCGACGCACUGGCAAACAGCGCUGUUUGGAAUUAUAACAGAACCAGUAGCAUCAUAGCAUGCAUAUCUAUACACCUUUCUCCGUCC